AUGGACAAUAAAAGAAAACUCGAUGCUGUUACAUUAUUUGAAAAUAAUCAAAUUGUACAAAAAAAAGGUGGUAAACGAAAACGAUUAAAAGGUGGUGGUAAAAAACUCGUUUAUGUUGAUCUUGAUCAUCGACUUUUUGCUUGGUAUCGAUCACGACGAACCGAUCCCGAAGAUAAAUCUUUAGCUCCAGCUGAUAUUCGAAGAGAAAAAGUAACUUUUCGUCAUUUGGAAAAACAAGGUCGUCGAAUUGCUAAAGAAUUAAAUCAUUCUAUACCAUCAUCAAGUUGGUAUUUACGAUUCAUGAAACGUCACGGUUUAUCAUUACAACGACCCAAGAGACAAGAUAAAGUACCACUUGAUGAAGUUCAUCGUUUAGCUAAUUCUUUUUAUAUGUUCAAUCGUCGUGUUAGUUCAUGGUCAAUUAAACGUGGUACUAUGGGUGCAUUUAUUCCUGAAAAUAUUUGCAAUAUGGAUGAAUCUCCACUGGCACUUUUUGGUGAUCAAUCUAAAAGGUCUAUUAAUGACAUUGGUACAAGUAAUGAAAUAAAUGGGUACAUAAGCAACAAGAGAUUUCGUACAGUUAUUCUUACUUUUUUUGCUAAAAAUCAACGAAUGCAACCAGUUGUGUUAUUUACAGGUAAAGGUAAUAUUGGUAUUGAUAAACGUCAAAAAUAG